GCUUUUUCAGCUAUCUUUGUUCAGUAGUAAAAGGGAGUUAGUUAUUUUUGGAUAAAGAAAUGAACUUGAGCAGUAAGGACCUCUGUUAGGUCCUUGUCAACCAUCAAGAAAUACAGCCUGAGAACCUCCUAGGAAAAAGAGAUGUUUGGUGGAACAAGAAAGAUGGAGAUCACAGUCCCAAGGGAGUUCAGAAGAGUGGAACCACUAAUUUUCUCUGAGAGAUUGGAGAAGGCCUUAUAUUGAGCUUGAAGGAAUGGUAAAGAUUUGGACACACAAAGAAAGAACUCUGGGGGAAGUAAGAUUGGAAAUAUAGUUUAGACUACAUCACAGAGAGCUAUGAAUGAUUAAAACAAGUUGAGCCAACCAUGACUGGCAAAACACAGACCAGCAACGUCACCAAUAAGAAUGACCCCAAGUCUAUCAACUCCCGUGUUUUCAUCGGCAAUUUAAAUACAGCCAUUGUCAAGAAAGUUGACAUUGAAGCCAUUUUUUCAAAGUAUGGAAAAAUAGUUGGAUGCUCAGUUCACAAAGGUUAUGCAUUUGUACAGUACAUGAGUGAGCGACACGCAAGAGCUGCAGUGGCUGGAGAGAACGCCAGGAUCAUCGCAGGACAACCACUUGAUAUCAACAUGGCAGGGGAACCCAAACCAUACAGACCCAAACCUGGAAACAAGAGGCCCCUUUCUGCACUUUACAGGCUUGAAUCCAAGGAGCCUUUCCUGUCUGUUGGUGGUUAUGUCUUUGACUAUGAUUACUACAGAGAUGAUUUCUACAACCGGUUGUUCGAUUACCAUGGGCGUGUGCCUCCACCUCCCCGUGCAGUAAUUCCACUGAAGCGUCCCAGAGUGGCUGUCACAACAACUCGCAGGGGAAAAGGAGUCUUUUCCAUGAAAGGGGGAUCAAGAUCUACUGUCAGUGGGUCUUCUUCAUCAGGCUCUAAAUUGAAAUCAGAUGAGCUACAGACAAUCAAGAAAGAACUAACCCAGAUCAAAACUAAAAUUGACUCCUUGCUAGGGCGCCUGGAGAAGAUUGAGAAGCAGCAGAAGGCAGAGGCAGAAGCUCAGAAGAAGCAAUUGGAAGAGAGUAUAGAGCUGAUCCAAGACGAAUGUGUGUCAGAGAAUGCAGAUCACUCUACAGAGGAGCCUGCUGAAGGAGGGCCAGAUGCGGAUGGAGAAGAGAUGACUGAUGGGAUAGAGGACUUCGAUGAAGAUGGGGGUCAUGAGCUGGUAGGAACUAAACAUUUGGUGUCCAUACCCUUUGGUUUCUACAGAUAAAGUGAUCUGAAGUAACGUAUGAUGCCACAAAGCAGGAAGGAAAAACUGUGACAACCCCCAGAAAUGUGAAAGAAGGUUUCUUACUGGAUGGCAGCAUCUUUGGUUCAAUUUAUACAAAAACCCAAAUAAAUAAAAUGGACAGUAUUGCUCAAUUUUAGAAAUCCCAUUUCUCCUAUGUUCUAAGCUAUACAGUUGUCAGGAUUUUAUGGUUUAAAUUGUAAAUGUGUUUUCCCCCUGCUAAUUAUGAUUUUUUUUUAAGUCUCAAAAUGUGAAGGACAUUUAUGAAUGGUAAGGGAGACACUGUAUACAAAUGUAUAUUUGUAAAAGCUAUUUUUAUGAUUAGCAUGUUUCACUGUUGAUCAUAUAUAAAGUCAGGUGAUACUACAAUUCUGUGUUCAAAGCUUAUUUCCAAUAAUGUCAUGUAAGAAAAGAUACAACUUAUGCUAGUUUUUAUAAUUUAUUUUUAAUUUAUAGUUUAAGGUACUUCAGAUCAUAAGUAUAAUACUUGAAAGAGUUAUAUUUCUGUCCUCUAUAAGCACCAUUUUUAUUAAUAAAGAAUGCAGAUAUUUCAGAUGUGAUACAAAAGUUAAAGGACUGUUGGUUUGACCUUGACUAAAUUGAGCAUACUCUGCUCUACUGAACUGAAAUGUUCCUAUUAUUACCUAAUACUUCAGUCUGGAUAUGAGUUUCCAUGGAGAGGUUUUAGUGCUCAUAAUUGUGAGAACCAGAUUGCCAAGGAAAUGAUGAUCUUGUCUUUGGAUCCAAAGUUUAAAUUAGUGCAUACAUCACUCCAUUUCACCUUCUAUCCCUUGGAACUCUCCAUCCCCACACAUUGCAAGUGUUCUCCGGAUGCUCUUAGCUGUUGUCUU